AUUUUUUGUAAAAGAAAAAAAAAAGUUUGAGUCGGUUUUUUCCUUCAUCUCUGCUUAUAACCCAGAGAGAGAGAGUGAGUUGUGAAUGGGGAAAUGAAGGCAAUUUUGCGGCAGUGCGCAACCGGAAAACCCAAACAGAUAAUAAAAAAUGUGAAGUCAAUAAAGGAAGAACAUGGUCAGCUCAUUAGAAUGUAUCUCCACAGAAAUCCCUUUAAGAUGUCUUCCAUUAUUAAGUCCUAUGCUUUAUCGUCCUCUCAUCUUCAUCAAGCCUAUUUGGCUUUCACUCAAAUCCAACAACCUACGCUUUUAAUUUUUAACUAUUUGAUUCGCGGCUCAUCUCUCAGUGAUAACCCAUACGAAGCCAUUCUUAUGUAUACUCAUCUCAUGUAUAAUAGUCGAGGAUUACUCGGUGAUAAUCUGACGUUUAUAUUUCUGUUCAGGGCAUGUUCUCGUGUUCACAAUCUUCUACUUGCUCAGGUCUUCCAUCUCCAGGUUUUGAAAUUGGGGUUUGGAUCUUAUCUUUAUGUGGCAAACUCUUUGAUAACCAUGUAUGCCUCUUUUCGUGAACUAGAAUGUGCCCACAAGGUGUUUGAUGAAAUACCUGAUAGAGACUUGGUUUCUUGGAAUUCCUUGAUCUGUGGUUACAGUUGGUGCAAUAAAUUUAAAGAGGUUUUGGGUUUGUUUCAUUCAAUGCAGGAAGCAGAUGUGAUCCCUGAUUCGGUUACAAUGGUGAAACUUGUAUUAGCUUGUAAUUUCUUGGGUGAUGAUGCUAUUGUGGAUUCCGUAGUUAAAUACAUGGAAGAAAAUCAUGUGCAUAUUGAUACUUAUUUAGGAAACACGCUGAUAGAUAUGUAUGGCGGGCGUGGAUUGGUGGAUUUAGCUCAGACUGUUUUUGAUGGUAUGCAAGAAAAGAAUAUUGUCUCGUGGAAUGCAAUGAUAACGGGGUAUGCAAAAGCGGGGAAUCUAGUUGCGGCUAACAAACUUUUCAAUGACAUGCCAUCAAAGAAUGUUAUUUCAUGGACUUCUAUGAUAUCGGGCUAUGUUCAAGCCAACCGAUGUUCUGAUGCAGUGAAGCUUUUUCAAGAAAUGAUGGAUGCUAAUGUGAGACCGGAUGAGGUUACAAUAGCUACUGUACUUUCUGCUUGUUCUCGCUUGGGUUCACUUGAUUUUGGACAGGCUGUCCAUGAAUAUAUUUGUAGGCACGGUGUAAAAGCAGAUGUUUAUGUAGGGAAUACUUUAAUAUAUAUGUACUGCAAAUGUGGGGCUGUUGACAAAGCAUUGGAGGUGUUCCAUGAGAUGAAAAUGAAGGAUGGUGUCUCCUGGACAUCAGUCAUCUUGGGCCUUGCUGUGAACGGGUUUGUUGAUAAUUCGAUUGAGUUAUUCUCACUGAUGUUAAAAAAUGGUGUUCAGCCAACCCAUGGAAGCUUCCUGGGGGUAUUACUAGCUUGUACUCAUGCUGGAUUGGUGAAUCAAGGACUGGAAUACUUUGAAAAUAUGGAAAAAGUUUAUGGAGUAAAGCCAGAAAUGAAGCAUUACGGUUGUGUUGUGGAUCUCUUGAGCCGUUCUGGCAACUUAGACAAGGCCUAUAAGUUCAUAAAAGAAAUGCCUGUCGCUCCAGAUGUUGUAGUAUGGAGGAUAUUGCUAAGUGCAUGCAAGCUUCAUGGAAAUCUGGUCCUAGCUGAGAUUGCUACAAACAAGCUUCUCAAAUUGGACCCUUCUAAUAGUGGGAACUAUGUUCUACUGUCAAAUACUUAUGCUGGUUCUGAUAGAUGGAAUGAGGCUUCAAAGAUGAGAGAAUUAAUGGUGGAAGGAGAUGUGUCAAAGCCUUCUGGUUGGAGCUCUAUUGAGAUAAAUGGGCCUACAACAAAUAAGUCUCAAUGCCCUUUUCAAUAGCUUAUUAAUGCAUCUAUUUUUGCGUCAGUUAUCUGAUACAUAAUGAAGAAAGCUAAGAGUUUACAGAUUAAAGAUGACCUUUAUGGCAUUUCCACCCCCAGCACUAGUUUCAAAUGCUUUUUCUACAUCCUCUUGUGAGAAGCUAAACCUGUGCGUUAUCAAUGGCUUUACAUCAAUCUUCCCAGUCCUCAAAAAUUUAAUGCAGAGAGGUCAUGUGUUUCUAUAGCGAAAUAUCCCAAUAACAUCAACCUCCCUGUGAUCAACAACAGCCAUAUCAACUUACGUUGCUAGCACUUGUGGUAAACUACCUGCAAUCACAUCCUGCUUAAAGUUCUUCCGGAUAGUUUUAAGGUCAGGGUAAGACCCGAACUCAAGUCAAAAUAUGAUUGUUGCGACAUCAAAUGGAUGCAAUUGAAACAAGGAGAGGAAUUAGUGUGAAAUUUAGAAUUACCUAGCGGCAGCAGGCGUAAGGGGGAGACUCGUCUCACUUAAGGCUAGUCAAAUUAGGCAAAACCUGGACUGGACGUGUGGCAUUCAGAGCUGCAGACAUGGCUUUGUUAUAGCGCAGUCCAAGCUCACAUCAAUGCCUGAUCCCAUAGAAUUUUGUAUCUUUAUUUCUUGACCUACAUCCUGCAAGAGAUUUCACUAAUUUAAAACGAUGGUUCUAGUAAAUGAAAGGGAAAACGGGUAACCUCGACAUUUGUUGAGACUCUAAAGAUCUCAUCUGCACCAAGAUUUGGCAAUGGAUAAACCGCGGUCAUUAACAUCGACAAUCACAACUCUAGGAGUACCAAAAGCACGAGCAGCCAACGCAUGGACACCUAUGCUGAGAGGCUCACGCAUUUUUUCCUUCCUCCAAACUCACAUUUUCUGGUAGUUUGAGGCAUAGAUUUGCCGGAUGCACUACCUGAUUCGAGCAAUAAAUCGUCAAUUUAUGGUCUUUAGCACCUAACUGACACGAACAGACGAACAACUGCUACAUAAUUGCUGACCUUAUUGGCAAGAGCGCCAUUAGUUGGUGAGGAUCCAAAGAACUUCAUUUGAGGACAUAAAGAAAUUUCAUCGUCGGCAGCUGAUUCCAGGUUCCAAUGCCACACGGUCUCCUACUGCUAGAGACUUCACUCCCAAGUGAUUUUUUAUUUAAUUUAGUCUGAUAAUUGAGAGAGCCUUUAUCUGUACUACCAUAUAUAUCAAGAGCCUUUAUCUAUCCAAUUUUUGCGUUUUCUUGUC